AUGUCCUCAAAUAACAAUCCCUCAUUCACCGACACCACUGAUUUCGCCGCCACCUCACGCGGCUUCAUUGCAGCCCUCACCCCACCCGUCAUCAAAUCCGCCUCGGGCAAAACAGUCUGGGACAUUGACGCCUACUCCUUCCUGAAGGAUGAAUGUCCCGAAACAGCACACCCCAAUCUCUGGCGCCAGGGCCAGUUGACCGCAAAACAUGGCCUGUACGAGAUCUGUCCCGGAAUCUACCACAUCCGCGGCUACGACCUCUCCAACAUGACCAUCGUCGAAGGAAAAGAUGGAAUCAUCAUCAUCGACCCACUCAUUUCAUGCGAGUGCGCAGCCGCCGGACUGAAACUGUAUCGCGAGCACCGCGGACCGCGCAAAGUCACAGGGAUGGUGUACUCGCAUUCGCACGGGGAUCAUUACAUGGGUGCGGCGGGGGUGUUAGAUCUAGACGAAGGAGAAGAGGCGGAGAUUCCAAUUAUCGCCCCAGAGGGAUUCAUGGAAGCGAUCAUGAGCGAAAGUAUCCUUGCUGGUCCGGCGAUGCGGAAACGUGGCGCUUUCAUGUACGGUAAUGCCCUUCCGCGCAGUCCGACGGGGCAGAUUGGUACCGGUCUUGGGCUGGCAUCGAGUAUGGGCACGACGAGUUUGAUCACGCCGACACUGUUGAUUCAGAAUACCGGUGAAGAACAUGUGGUGGAUGGUGUACGGAUCGUGUUCCAGAUGGUGCCGGGUAGCGAGGCCCCCGCGGAGAUUAAUUUCCAUUUUCCUGACUUCCGAGCUCUUUGUGUUCCUGAGACGGCGACGAAAUGUAUGCAUAACGUCGUGACGCUGAGGGGGGCGCAGGUGCGUGAUGCGAAGGCCUGGUCGGGGUAUCUGGAUGAGGCGAUCGUGUUGUUCGGAAGAGACUCCGACGUGAUGUUUGGGAGUCAUCAUUGGCCGACGUGGGGAAGAGAUGAGCUCAUUGCGAGACUGGCGGAGCAGAGGGAUCUGUAUGGCUAUAUGCAUGAUCAAACGGUGAGGUUGAUGAAUCUGGGAUGGACGGGAGUGGAAAUUGCAGAGCGCAUGAGGUUGCCCGGGAGAAUUGAACGCGCGUGGCAUUGCCGUGGGUUUUAUGGGAGUUUGAGCCAUAACGUCAAGGGCAUCUAUCAAAAAUACAUGACCUGGUUUGAUGGCCGGCCGGAACAUCUAUGGCAAUAUCCACCCGCCGAGGAAGGCCAGCGCUAUGUGGAAUGCUUCAACGGCGUCGAUGGGCUCUGCGAUAAGGCAGAAACCUUCAUCCAGAAGCAGGACUAUCGAUUCGCCGCGACGCUGCUGGCUCACGCGGUUGCGGCGGAUCCGGACUCAGCAGAGCCCCGGGCUAAGCUACUUCUCGCUUCAGUGUACGAACAGUUGGGAUUCGGCGCGGAGAACGCCACCUGGCGGAAUUUCUACCUCACUGGCGCACAGGAACUGCGGAGUGGAAAGAAAGCAGGCAUGGUGGCCGGGGGUAGGACGCCGCUGGGGGAACGGUUGAGUAUCGACCAGUGGUUCGAAAUUAUGGCGGUGCAGUUGGAUGGGGAACGAGGAGCAGAUAUGCAAUUCACGAUUGACUGGGAGGUUACGGACGUCAAGCAGCGGUUGAGAUUAAUCGUGAGCAACGGAGUCCUGACGAGACGAUUGUUGGACUCGGAGAUACAAUUGCAGGAAGCGAAGGAGAAUCCGGCGGACUACGAGAUGGUACUGACGAAGAGUCAAUUGUUGGAAGUGAUCCGCGGACAUGAAGUCGAGCCGGAGAGGAAGAGUGGCCGGGCAGAGGUCCUGAAUCAGUUGUUAGAUUUGAUCUCGGUGCAGGAUGGCUCAUCUCGAGGGCCCAGUCAGUUGUAA